AUGGGGAGACGCGACCUCGCCAUGCCCUGCUUCCUCUGCCUCUUCCUCCUGGCCGCCGCCGCCGCCGGCUCACCGUCCAGGUCCGCGCCCGUGAGCCCCGCCGUGGCGGCGGAGUUUGUCCGCCGCUCCUGCCGCUCCACGAGCUUCCCGCGCGCCUGCGAGCGGAGCCUGAUGCCGCGGGCGCCCGCCGUGGGCCGCAGCCCGCGCCGGCUCGCGCACGCCGCGCUCGCCGUGGCCGCCGACGCCGCCCGCAACAGCUCCGCCUACAUCGGCCCUCCGAGGGGCGGCGGCGCCAUGCGGGACUGCGCCGAGACGGCGCGCGACGCGGCGGACCUGCUGCGGCAGGCGGCGGCGGAGCUGGGCGGCCGAAUGGGCCGCGCGUCCAGCCCGCGCUUCGCGUGGCGCCUCAGCAACGCGCAGACCUGGGCCAGCGCCGCGCUCACCGACGCCGACACCUGCCUCGACUCCCUCGCCACCUACGCUGGCGCCGCCGGCGCCGCCCCGCGCGACGACGUGAAGCGGAGGGUCGUUGCCGUCGAGCAGGCCGCCAGCAACGCGCUCGCCCUCGUCAACCGCCUCCAGCCGCCGCGACGCCGCCACCAGAUGCUAAGCUAAGCCGAUGUCCCUGGAUCACCGGUGGUAGCCAUGCCAGUUCCUCACUAGCCAUUGCUGCCGCUGCUACAUAUCGAUCUACGGACCUCAGCCCCGUCGGAUCAUUUGAUUACUGUUGCUUCCUGUAAAAUAAUUUCAUCAUCAUAUGUUACUAUUUGCCGGUUUUUGUGAUUGCAACCUGAAUAACAAGAACAAAAUCUUGGAUUU